CACUCAACAGUGUCGAACGAGAAGUUAUUGACAGCAGCCGUGUCAAGUGUGAAUUGCAAAGUCAAAAUGAAUGGAGAUGAUAAGUUGAUUUUGUGCGUUGGGCUUUGUGUUUUGGAUGUAAUUCACGUUUGUCGUGAAUAUCCCGAAGAAGAUUCGGAUCGAAGGGCAUUGAACGGUCGUUGGCAGCGCGGUGGCAAUGCAUCAAAUAUUUGUACGGUUCUGCGGCAAUUGGGCGCCAAAUGUGAAUUCAUUGGAUCACUCAGCAAUUCAAAAGCGUUCUCGUUCCUCACAGAAGAUUGUCGUGACCGUGGAAUAUUGAUCGAUCAUUGUGUUUAUCAUACGAUACCGACGGCACCAUUCUCGUCGGUUAUUUUGAAUGAAGCAAGCGGAAGUCGCACAAUUAUCCACUCCAAUCUGAAUAUGCCAAUACUUACGGCCGAUGAUUUUUGCAAAAUUCCAUACGAACGUUACAGAUGGAUUCACUUUGAGGCUCGAAAUGUAGCGGAAACUGAGAAAAUGAUUGGCUCUAUAUUACAAUGGAACUCCGAACAUCCCGACCAACGCAUCAUCAUUUCAGUUGAAUUGGAAAAUCGAAGCGAACAAAAUGUCGAAUUGGUUCAAAAUGCGGAUUAUGUUUUCCUGAGCAAAGACUUUGCCGAACUCAUGGGUUGGAUGAGUAAAGAAGUUGCCAUUCACAACUUGAGGAAAUAUGUUAAAAAAGAUGCAAAAUUGGUUUGUCCAUGGGGGAUCGAAGGUGCUAUAGCGAUAGACAAUGAAAGUGACUCACAUUUUGCUGCUCUGGCCAAACCUCCAGCCAAACCUGUGGACUCGUUGGGAGCCGGCGACACUUUUGUGGCCUCAACCAUUCACUCCUUGGCCCAGGGCAAGCCACUUCAAGAAGCCAUCGAUUUUGGAUGCCGUAUAGCUGGAGCCAAAGUUGGAUUUUAUGGCUAUGAUGAUAUUUCGGCUUUGGUUUAAGUCAUAUGUUGAUUGUACAAUGUACAUUGAUAUUUUUAAUGAACGGGUUCCCUUGAAUAUCGAUUCUUCCGGAUUUCAUAUUUUUGAUGAAAAAAUAAAAUAAGUGAAUGGAAACAUUAGUUGUGAAAUAAUUCUGAUUCUUGAUUUGAGCAAUCUUUGAAUAUGCACAAGUGCUCGGCACUUCUAUUAGGUAUCGUAGUACGCCCGAAUGAAACGGUAAUGACGAUCAAUUUAUGAUUAAGUCAGUGUAUAUUGUUCAAAGAUAAUUAGCGGUCGUUUUUUCGAAGAAAAAUCUUUUUUUCGUUAAAAAUAAAUAGUGUGUAGUCAGAAAAUUAAUUUCUGCUCAACAAAUGACUUCAAAAUUAUCGGUCAAUUAUUAUUAUUUACCUUUGAGUGAUUUCCCCUUUAAAUUUGAAAACGUAUCAUAAGAAUAAGUUUUUGGGUAUGUUUGUAUUUUUCACUAACAUGAAUCAUGAAUGACGUUUGAAAUGCUAUUUUUGACAAAUACCAUUUUUAAUAUUUGGGUAAACCUUGUGACGAAAUCAUUUAAUCAAAUUUCCAAACUCUACCGUAUAGAUGCCACUAGAGCAUCAUUUGCUGAAUAUCUAGGGGCUUUUUACUCUUUUUCAUAUAUGUGAUUUGUACGGAUAAACGCGCAUAGAUUGUGUGCAACAGUGAAGUGUGUCGAAUUUUGCACAUAGUCACGAAUAUUACGCAUAGAAGCGAAUACGCGUGCACAUAAUGACGCCACGAUGCGAUUUAAGACGCAUCAACACAAUGUCAACAUUCUGUUGUAUCGUUAAGUUUCGUUCAAACAAUAUUUGACAUCAACAAUUUCUGUCUUUAAUAUUUAUCAAAUCUCUUGCUAAUGAGAUUGUUCUUAAUUGAUGAAAAUUGAAUUUAAAUAUAACACAAAAUUAAAAUAUAAUAGCAAAGAAUAAGAAUGAAAACGAAAAUCAAAAUGUUAUAUUAUACAAAUAUUGAAGUAAAAUCGCCGAUAGUUUUGGUAGAUAUAAAAGUCGUUGAAAAAAUAAGUGCGACUGAAUAAAACCUGAAUGGAAAGCCACUGGGGUUUUAUAUAAAA